AUGAAUACUUGGUCGUUAGAAGAAGUAGGGGUAUGGCUAGCAGGUAGCGGUUUUGAAAAAUAUGUUGAUUAUUUUGCCAAAGAGCAAAUCGAUGGUCAGUCGUUGUCAUCGCUUUCGGAAUCAGAUAUCAAUGAACUUUUAGCAAUGGGAUCAGAAGCAAAAGCAACGAUUGGAAUUAAAUCAAAGUUUCGAGCACAAUUGGAUUUAAUAAGAAAUUUUGCUCCCAAAGAUGGUGAUAUUGAAGAGCUGAGCCGUUUUCUAGAAGAACAGGCAUCACAAAGUAGUAUUCAACCAUCUUCUCCCACUCGAAGUGCCAGUCUGGUGUGUGGUCUCUCGACAACACCUAAACGAGAUCGUGAAGCAGUAGAUAAUUUUGCUGAUACGGAAGAAUAUUCUAUUCCAGGUACGAUACUUCGUGAACGUCGUCGUUGUCUUUCACUACAUGCAUUGGUUAUGAGAAAGCGCGAGGUUUAUGGUCAUGAGAGUGCAGGACGACCGUUAAAAGUUAUGAAAAUGGACAAAGCCGGCCGAAAGCCUUAUCUACGUAAUGAAAAUGAACAACCAAUUGACGAUUUAAUGAUGAUUGAACAACAUCGUCUUGAAAUGAAACAAUUAAUUGUUUCAAACUAUGAUAUCAGUUUAUUUAAAUUUAAGUUUGAUAUUACAUAUUCACAUCGACGCCAGAUGAUAAGAAAAAAUGAAUUGGUUAAAAAUAUGAUUGAAUCUUAUCCUGGCUUAACGAUUCUCAGUCUUUUAGUAAAAGAUGCACAGCGUUCAACCUUUCCCUAUCAAGACGAUUUUAUGAAAGGUAUUCAAUUACGUUUUAAACAAUUGGCCAAUGGUAUUGGUGGAAAACUUAGUUUAGCUUUGCAAAAAGAAAAGAUUGACGAAGAUGACUUGUAUUUUGCAAUAAUUGAAUUUAUUAUGAUCCGCUUUAAAGAGCCGAAACGACUAUUAUUCAAUCGUGAACCAUUAACACCAUUUCCUACACUAUCGACUGAAAUAAUGAACAAUUCUCGUAAUUAUACUCUGUUUGUCGAAGGAGUCAAAUUAUUUACGACUGAUAAUCAAUGUGCUGCUGUUGCCGGAUUUUUAGCAACAUACGAAGUAUUUAAUCUGAGCUAUCCGAACAAUAUAAGAGAUACUCUACAUACAUUGAAUGGUCUGGUAUUUAAAACACGUGAUUUUGAUUUGUGUCGUGGUGCACAACGUUUUCUUCAUAGUGUGAGUUCAAAGAAUUUUCGUUUACUUGUGGCAGGAGAAAAUAAAUCUGAAAAUGUGGAUGCAAAGAAGAGGUUUUUGGCCUGCUAUCAGUGA